CACUCAGUUGAUCACUGAUUUGAAAUCGGGGUUCUGUUGGUUUCCCUGACGUCCUGUCAGGAAAAUAAAUCAAGUGAGGAUCACUGCGCAGGCGGCGGGGACGAGGCACUUUCUUAAGCAGAGAUGUUCCGCAACCAGUACGACAACGAUGUGACCGUAUGGAGCCCACAGGGGCGUAUUCAUCAAAUCGAGUAUGCCAUGGAGGCUGUGAAACAAGGGUCUGCAACUGUAGGGCUGAAAUCCAGAACACAUGCAGUCCUGGUGGCACUAAAGAGAGCCCAGUCUGAACUGGCGGCCCACCAGAAGAAGAUCCUCCAUGUUGACAACCACAUUGGUAUCUCCAUUGCUGGACUGACUGCUGAUGCCAGGCUGCUCUGUAACUUCAUGCGUCAGGAGUGCUUGGACUCCAGAUUUGUCUUCGACAGGCCCCUCCCAACGUCACGUCUUGUCACUCUUGUUGGCAGCAAAACCCAAAUCCCAACACAGAGAUAUGGAAGAAGGCCCUACGGUGUUGGACUCCUUAUUGCUGGUUAUGAUGACAUGGGACCUCACAUCUUCCAGACCUGCCCGUCAGCAAACUACUUUGACUGUAAAGCCAUGUCCAUCGGAGCGCGUUCCCAGUCUGCACGCACCUACCUGGAGAGAUGCAUGGAUAAAUUCUCUGACUGUAACCUGAAUGAACUGGUCCAGCAUGGCCUCCGUGCUCUCAGAGAAACCCUCCCUACUGAGCAGGACCUCACUACCAAGAAUGUUUCCAUCGGCAUUGUCGGGAAAGACAUGGAGUUCAUCAUUUAUGACGAUGACGAUGUUGCCCCAUUCCUGGAAGGGCUAGAGGAGAGGCCACAAAGAAAGGUUGCCCAGCCUGCAGAUGAACCUGCUCCUGCAGAGGCCUCUGAUGAGCCAAUGGAGCACUGAGGCAGCAUGCCAAACAGUGGUCUGCUUCCUGUAGAUCCCAGACAACCACAUGAUACUUAAUUCAAGUCAACAGAGAAAUAUUUAGAGGGGGAAGAUGUUGUGAUGUGCCACUUGCUAAACUGUUAAUCCAAAAUAUUCUCUGCUAACAUCAAACAAUGUGAUGUUGCUUUUGUAUGGUUAAAUUGUACCAUGAUACAAGUAAUAAACUCCUUUUUGUUUUUGAA